UCCAAACUCUCUGUGAAUACGAUAUAUCCAGAAAUAUAUACAAAUUUUAUGUCGAAUUAAAAUUAGAAAUGGGAAAAGACUAUUACACGACAUUGGAAAUUAACCGAAAUGCAAGUGACGCGGACAUUAAGCAGUCGUAUCGUCGACUAGCAUUGAAAUAUCAUCCUCAAAACAACAGGCAUCCAGGUGCUGAGGAGAAAUUCAGCCAACUUGCUGAAGCUUAUGAUGUUCUGAGUGACCCUCGGAAAAAGGCCACGUAUGAUAAGUUUGGAGAGGAUGGUCUUCGAGGUGGAAUACCUCCAGAGUCAGCGGCAAGUGGUGCAUGGUCAUCGGGAUACACCUACCAUGGAAAUCCUGAGAAAACUUUCAGACAGUUCUUUGGCGGAGAUAAUCCUUUCGCUGAUUUUCACACCACAGAAGUGGACCUCAGUUUUGGAGGUCUCCGUGGACAAGAGGUGAACAAGCAGGAUCGACCCAUUGAGCGUGAUCUGCAUUUAGCCUUAGAGGACCUUUUCCACGGAUGCACCAAAAAAAUAAAGAUAUCCCGACGUGUGAUGAAUGAAGAUGGUCAGACAUCCAGCAUCAAAGACAAAAUUUUAACCAUUACAGUGAAACCAGGCUGGAAGGAAGGCACACGGAUUACAUUCCCUAAAGAGGGUGAUCAGGGGCCAAACAAUAUCCCAGCAGACGUCGUUUUCAUAGUUCGUCAAAAGCCCCAUGCCCUGUUUUCCCGUCAAAAUAAUGACUUGAUUUACACGGAAAACCUAUCUCUCGAGAAGGCAUUGACUGGGUUUUCUGUGGAGGUGGAGACACUAGAUGGCAGACUUCUGAACAUUCCCAUCAAUGAGAUUGUAUGCUCAUCUGAAGCAGUGAACACACACACAUACCCAGAGCAGUGGGCAGCCAUGCUAACAGCGCCCGGGGAGCAGUUGGAAGUUAGGCGCCUCGCUCAAGGGCACCUCAGCCCAAGGCCGUCCCAUAUUAACCUAACAGCAUGUCUUUGGACUGUGGGGGAAACCGGAGCACCCAGAGGAAACCCAUGCAGACACGUGGAGAACAUGCAAACUCCGCACAGAAAGGCCCUCACCAGCCACUGGGUUCGAACCCAGAAGCUUCUUGCUGUGAGGCGACCGUGCUAACCACUACACCACCGUGCUGUAGACUGCCUUUCAAGUUUUUCAACUUUAGGUCAUAAAGAAUUUUCCCCGACACGCAGUUAUUUUUGUUUAGUCCAGGGGUUCCCAAACUUUUCCAUGCCAAGGCCCCCCAAACAGCAUUAGCUUCUGGCCGGGGACCCCCUUUGCAAACCCACAGACAAUGCUACAAAAUAUGUAAAGAAACAUCAACUUUUAGAAUGUUUUCUCUUACUUUUAUUCAGUAGUCAACAGGGCUUUGAACCGGUUCAAGGAACGAAAACGAAAACCGGGAACUUUUUCUAUUUCACAUGGAACAGAAACGAAACCAGAAACUUUAUUAUUUUUUAUGUUCCGGAACAGAAACGCUUAUUAAAAAUAAUGGUAACCGGUUAAUACCGGUUUUUAUUUCGUUCCUCGAAGUUUCCGUAGCCUACAAAUAAAGUCAUUCUUCUCCUGCGCAAGUUUCUAUGACCCGCUGGGGUUCACUUCCUGUGUGACGUUCGCUGACUGAAUGGAGAGAGCGGGAGGGUGGACUACUAUCACGCCUCCACAUCUUAAAUAAGAGGUAAAUAUUGCAGUCUAUCGUUAUUCAAAAACGUCAAUUUCAAACACGAUAUCAAUAUAUUUGUCCACGUUAAUGAGAGGCUCGCGAACAUUAAAUGACGUUAACCUCUGUUAGCCUAUCAAUGCAUAGGGCCUGACUAGCCUUUGGUAACACACUAAACGAAUUAUCUUUCAUUUUUGGCACUUUUUCUGUUUGUGUAGAUGGGAAGACAUACUGAGAAUCCAAAUCGCCAACAUUUGAAAUAAUUGUUUUGAAUUAUUUCUUGUCUUAUUUAAUGAAGGUUGUAAUAGAAUUAGCCUACAUUUGGCUUAAGCUGGAUGAGACAGAGACAUAAUUUUAUAGCCAUUUGUUAAACAGCUGACAGGGAACGUAAUUAACCGUUCCGGGAACGAAAUUUUUUUGUUCUAACCGGUUCGGGAACGUCUAUUUAAUGGUGGAACCCAAAACCGGAAACGUUAAAAUUCCGUUUCUGUUCGGAACGAACCAAUAGGAAAAAAAUUCUGGUUCGAAGCCCUGAUAGUCAAUAAUUGUUACAUUUGUUUAGCAUAAGAAUAUUAUUAACUAACAUGUUUUCAACACAAAUAUUUUUGCACUGAACAAUAAACUGUAUAACCUCCUGUAGUACCUGAUUCAACUCGUUAUCCAUCCUUUUUGCGACCAGUGCCUCGCG